ACGAAAGUGAAAGUGCGUGUCCCUUAAAGGAAAGCAAAGUUUCGACGCUAUCCCCUAUAUGUUAUGUUAUGUUAUUUUCUUUUUUUGUGUAUAGGAACGAAAAAUCGACAUUCUUUUGACCGCGGUAACAAUGAAAGAUUAACAUGAUGUGUGGACAUAUCGUGACGCAGCAGUAGGCUACUGUAGGCCUGUACUGUAUGCAGACAUGUAUGAGACGAGCCGCUUGAAUUAGAAUGAAUCAGUUUGCACUUUUGAUGCCUGCUGUAGGGUGAUGUCCCACUAUGUUUUACUGAAUAGCAGAGAGACGAUUUAACUUCUAACCUGAAGAAUCAGAUUGAGUUUCACUGAAGAACAACACAGAAGACAAAGAUGGCAACUGCAAGCAGCAAUGAGUUUCAGCUUGUUGUCCCUGAAACAGCUCAGAGAACUAGAGUUAGAGUUGGGCAUGAAUUCACUAUACCAUGUCACCUGUCACCUGAAAUCAGUGCUGUUGACAUGGAGAUCAGAUGGUUUAAGGAGACAAACUGUGUGUGCAUCUAUAAGAACAGAGAGAUGAUUGAAGGGAGAGUCUACGAGGGCAAAGUGAAUCUGUUCACUGAGGUGCUGGAGAGAGGAGAUGUUUCCUUAUCACUGAAAAACUUCAGAGAGUCAGAUCUGGGAGAUUAUGUGUGUCAGGUCACCAGUGGAGUCAAAACAGAGGAGAUAACAGUAAAAGUCAAAUUAUCAGUCAGAGAGUGGUUGCAGUUUGGAGGUUCAUGUUUAAUGACAGAGAAAGUAAACAGAACAUGGACUGAAGAGGAGAGAUUAAAAAUGGAGGACUCUGUUCUAAUGGCAGAGUUAGAAAAAUACAAGAAUCCUGAAGAGUUGAAAAGACUUCUCACAGAAAGAAACAAACUCAUACAGGAGAAAGAAAAUAUUCUUUUAGAGAGCAAACAGACACUUCAAAUGAAGGACAUGGCGUUAGAGGAAAAGGACAGAAAUCUUAAAGACAUGGAUGAUAAACUGCUGCAAACAAUCAAAGAACUUGAGGGAAAACAGAAUCACCUUGAGCAGAAAGAGACACAAAUGGAUAAUAUGAGCAAACUGAUGAGUGAGAAAGAGAGACUGCUGGAGAACACCGUCAAAGAACUGGAAACCAGUAAACAUCAACUGGAGACACUGAGAAAUGAACUACAGGAGAUGAAGACACAACUGGAUGAACAGAAAACUAAAUUCACUCAUCAGGAGAAAACACUACAAGAACACAAACAACAGCAGAAACAAUCUGAUCAAGAAAUCAAAAAUCUGCAUUCUGAACUAGAAAGACUGAAAAGCGAGUCAUCUACACAUUUAUCUGAGUUGAAUAAAAAAUGCAAAUGUUUGGAAGAUAUGGAGAAACUUCUAGGUGAAAGAGAGACACAGAUUAAAGAUCUUGAGAAAAGCAAAGACACGGCUUUAGAGGAGAAGGACAAACUUCUAAAUAAAUCAAAUGAUAAACUAUUACAAACAACCAGAGAGAUUGAGGAAAAACAAACAGAAAUCGAAGAGAAAAAUAAACUGAUGAGUGAGAAAGAGAGACUGCUGGAGAACACAGUCAAAGAACUGGAAACCAGUAAACAUCAACUGGAGACACUGAGAAAUGAACUACAGGAGAUGAAGACACAACUGGAUGAACAGAAAACUAAAUUCACUCAUCAGGAGAAAACACUACAAGAACACAAACAACAACAGCAGAAACAAUCUGAUCAAGAAAUCAAAAAUUUGCAUUCUGAACUAGAAAGACUGAAAAGUGAAUCAUCUACACAUUUAUCUGAGUUGAAUGAAAAAUGCAAAUGUUUGGAAGAUAUGGGGAAACUUCUAGGUGAAAGAGAGACAAAAAUUAAAGAUCUUGAGAAGAGCAAAGAAACAGCUUUAGAUGAGAAGGACAAACUUUUAAAUAAAUCAAAUGAUAAACUAUUACAAACAACCAGAGAGAUUGAAGAGAAAAAUAAACUGAUGAUUGAGAAAGAGAGACUGCUGGAGAACACAGUCAAAGAACUGGAAACCAGUAAACAUCAACUGGAGACACUGAAAAAUGAACUACAGGAAAAUAACAGCAAACUACAACUACUGCUGGAGGAAAACAAACUACUGAAGAGCUCUGAAACGUCAAUCUCAACAGCACCAGUAAGACGACGACGCAGUAAGGACUUGGAGCCUCCAGCGAUGAGUGAAGAAACAGCUUCAGUGUUGGUUUCUGGAUCAAUGCUCAGGUUGGUUCUGCUGGGGAGUGCUGGAUCUGAGAAGAGUGCAGCAGUAAACAUCAUCCUGAACAGAGAGGAGAAGAUCCAGACUGAUACAUCAACAGAGAUCCAGCAGAGUGAGAGCAGACAGGGGGAGGUGAAUGGGAAGCAGGUGACUGUGGUGGAAACUCCUGACUGGUUUUGCUCUGGUCUCUCUCUGGAGGAGAUGAGAGAGGAUGUGAGACUCUGUGUCCGUCUGUCUGCUCCAGGACCUCACGCCUUCCUCCUGAUCAUACCAGUACAACAAUCUACUGGAGUAGAGAGAGCAAUGCUGGAGAAAAUGGAGGAGAUUUGGGGUGACAGAUGUUGGAGGAACACCAUGAUCCUUUUUACUGUUACUGAUGAAGAACAAAAGAAGAACAUUGAUGAUUUUGUCCAGUCAGGGAACAAGGAGGUCCAGAGACUUGUAGAGAAAUGUGGGAACAGGUUUCACUGUCUCAACAUUCAUCAGAGUGGAGAUGAUUCACAGAUCUCAGAGCUGCUGGAGAAGAUUGAGAAGAUGAUGGAAGGAAACACAGAUACAUUUUACAGCAGUGAGAUCUACCUGGAGAUUGAAUCUCAGAUCAGAGCGAUGGAGAGAAAGAUCACGAGAGACACAGAGGAGAGAAAAGAGAGGGAGGAGAGAGAGAUAAAAGAAAAAAUAGAAAAGGAGGUGCAGAGGUCCCUGAAAAAGAUAGAGGGAGCGAUUGAGGAACAUGAAGGAGAUAUUCAACAACUUAAUGAGAGAACAGGUGAACUAGAGAGACAGAUGACAGAAGAAAAAGAUGAAGAGAAGAAGAAAGAACUAAAGAGAGAGUUGGAAAAAGAGAUGGAGAAGAGAUCAAAGCUGGAGAGAAAGAUUAAAAAACUGAAAGAUCAGAGAGAGAGAGAAAAGAUUGAGAUGGAGGAAAAACACAGACAGGAGAUGGAGGAGAUCAGACAGAUGUAUGAAGGAGAGAUGAGGGUGGAGACAGAGAGAAACCUCAUGAAGAUCAUCCUACCUGAAAUUCAGAAAAACAUUUUAGAUUCAAAGUCAAAGAUGCAGGAGGAGUUUAACAGACAGAUGGAGGAGAAGAACAGAGAGAUAGAGACACUCAAUGACAAUUAUUCAAAAGUAUGGGACCUUUAUGAGUCAGCAAUGAAGCAAAAUGUUCAAGAAUGAAAAAUUAGUAAUUAGUAAUUAAAUAUUAGUAAACAAAAAUGAGUGUGUGACACAUAGCACAACUCAUCUAAAGUAUUCUCACGUUUUAGUGAGUUUUACUAAAAAUCUCUGAAGUUCUCAAGCCAAAGAGGUGAUAAUGUACAAUAAAAUGUUAAUGGGUUAAUGUGGAGGCAGACAUACACUGAUUUAUUCUUCUGUGUGGAUGUCCAACCCAAUCUCAUGGCAAUAUGUUCAUAUUUUUAUAAACGUGCCUACUUUGUAUUUGUACAAUCUGUUUUCAUCCCUGUGGCAUUGUUUGCAGCUUGGUUUCAGUAAAUCUUUUGCACUGCACUCAAAAAAAAUGAACUUUUACGUUUGCCAAUUUUACUUAAUCGUUUCAUGUUGUGAUUACUUAAAAACAUCAAUUUAACAACGUGAACUUAAUUUAAUCUAGUUCGGCCAUUCCCAAACUGUGGUCCGCGGACCACUAGUGGUCCGUGAGGGUACUGCAGGUGGUCCGUAAAAAGGCAAAAUAAGAAUAUGUAUAUUUUAAUAUACAAACUCGUUCAUGUUUUGGGCAGUGGUGGACGAAUUACACAAAUCGUGUACUUGAGUAAAAGUAAAGAUACCCAGGGUAAAAUAUUACUCAAGUAAAAGUAGAAGUACUUGCUUAAAAUUUUUACUUGAGUAAAAGUACAAAAGUAUCUGCCUCAAAAUGUACUUAAGUACAAAAGUACUGUGAUUUAUUAUGGCCGUAUCAUUUUUGUCACAAAACUCAAAUUAUGUGAAAUAACUCUCUUGGCUAAGCAAUCAAUUAAUAGAAGGACGUUAAUAAAUCAGACACUGAUGUCUAUUAAAAUGAUCAUAAGCCUAAAACCUUAAAAACAAAAAUUUCCUUAAGCAUCAAAUGAAAUAACAGGAUUUGAGAGCAGUAAGUCUCAUUUCAAGAUUUAUUUGUUAAAUAAUUUAACCGUUUAAGUGUAAUAAAAACUUGACUUAAGCACAGGUUCACAAUAGUUUUCAAAACAUUAAAUACAUUACGUUAUCUAGAAAUCAGUCUCCCUUUCUUUACAAAUAAAACAAGCCUUACAGAAUAUAAUUUCAGAAACGUUUCAUGUGCUUUAGCAUGUCAUAUGUAUAUUGUAAUACAUAAUUAAAUGUAUUUAUAUAUUUUGGAAGCAAAACUUUUGAAAAUAUUAUAACAAUCUCAGUUAAUAGGGAGCACUCCAAUCCACCUGCCUGUUUAAGCAUCAUACACUGCAUGGCUAGUCAAAAUGUCAUUUAUAUUUUACAACAGUGUUGAUAGUGAUUAAUUGUCAUUUCAAAAUAACAGAGCACUGAGCUUCAAAUACAAUGAACUUAAGUGAAACAGCUAACUAUACGGCUAAAAAUAGCUUCAGCCUGCAUAGCUUAAAGUUCAUUCAUGAUAACGUCGUAUAUAUUUUAGCAACACAAUUAGCAGUUUUCUGCAAGCUACUGUUAAGAUUGCUCAUUUAAAAAUAUAACCAGAAUAAAAAUGGCUUACCUCUACGUGUUUCCUUAGAUUUGAAAGAGUAUUCUUUUAAAACGAAAUAGCACAGUUUCAAGGCAGGCAGAGAAGACACGAAGGACUCGUUCUUUUAUUCAAGGACUUAAAAAAACGCGCGUAAAUAAGGCCAUUGUUGUUGUGACGGGUCAGUUAUCUCCUCCGUUGUUUUUGAAUGCAGUUUAAUUCUCCAAACGAUGCAUUGGCUGGCUGGCUGGCUGCUGCACUCGCGUGACUCGCGUAGCUUACGUGAAACAGCGCGGCAACCAAAACAAGUUUAAAACGAAGCGCAUGCUGUACCCUGAUUGGUGGUUUGACGCAUCACGUGUGCAUCUUAGUUUUUUUGUGCAGCUUUAGUUUGCCCAGUUACGUUUUUUAUCUACUGAUUAAUAAAAAGAACGACCGAUUUUUUAAAAUGUAGUGGAGUAAAAAGUAAGGUAUUUGACUUUAAAAUGUAGUAAAGUAAAAGUAAAAGUCUCCCAAAAUAAAAGUACUUGAGUAAAGUACAGAUACGCGAAAAAACUACUUAAGUACAGUAACGAAUUACAUUUACUUCGUUACUGUCCACCACUGGUUUUGGGCGAACGUGUACUGCUGCCUAAUAAACGUUACUGUGAACUUGUUUAUUCUGGUGCCUGUGAACGGCACGCUCUCUCAGUUUAACGUCGUUCAAUAGGGUGCCAGAUUUGUAUAUUCUUCCAGGCGAAAACCCGACUAAAACACACUGUAAACAGGCCUUAAUGUGUAGCGGAAAAAACACCCAAUCUGGCAACACUGCCACCAGUCAGUGUUCACCAGUCACGCUGCAUGCAUCUUCACAACAACACAGACGCUGCUGAAAUUCAUGCCGCGCAACUCAAAUAGUUUAACAUUAAAUAACAUCAUAUUUGUCCUAAAUCGUUAACGAUUAACAUAGGCUGCUAACGCAUAUUCCGGAUCUUGAAAUAGACUUUGACUAAGCUCACGCUAUUUAACGUGCACAUGUGGUGUGCAAUACCUGCGAGUUGUCAUACACGCAAUCCCUCGCAGCGCUUCUCGCCCGGGGUGCGACCCCCACCCGACUAGCCUUUCAAGGUAUGUGUAAGCAAAUACAAAAGUUAAAAGACAGUCAAUGCUAAUGUAAACCCUGGUUGUAUAAGGAUUUAAAGUUGGACAUGCAGAUGAAAUCUGACGCAUUUAGCUUCAGUGUUAAAACUGAUCAAAAAAUUGCUGUCUGUGGUGGUUCUAUAUGGGCUAUAAUGGCAAUCGUUUAAAAAAAAUAAUAUGGGAAAAAAUAACUAUAAAUUAGUUCAUUUUUGGAACUGUGACCUAGUUUAACAUUUUCAAAUAUGAACUAUGAACUGAACUAGUUCAUUUUAAAAUUUCUGAACUGAGAACUAAACUAGUUCAUGUAGAAAGUGAACUUUCCCAACACUAUAUGUAUAUAAAUAAUUAAUGAUAUAAGGUUAAGAAACCUGUUGUACUGAUGUGAUGACCAGUUAUAGUUUUAGUGCUAGUUAGACUAUUUAGAUGUGAAGAUUAAUUCAGGACUUUGUGUAGACAUAUUUUAUAAUAAGUAUUAUGAGGUGGUCCGCGAAAAUUCUUGAUUACAAAUUGUGGUCCACACACACAAAAAGUUUGAAAACCCCUGAUCUAGUUCAUUUACCAAAAAAAGUGCGUCUUCUCAACGUUGCUUAAAAAUUAUUUGUUCAGCCAACAUAACAUGCAUAAAAGUAACAGAUUAAUCAAACCAAUACAGACUUGUAUCUCAUUGGCUGAGGAUUUUGCAGUGUAUUGCGGAUAAUUGUUGUUCUGGCACCCUCUUGCAGAAGUGUAGCACCAUAGGUAUGUGAAGUGUCCAAAUAUGAUUCAAUGAAUUUGUUCUGAUAUAUUUUAGAACAAAACAAACAAAUAAACUGUUUGAAAUAACAUUACAUUUAUGUUUGUGAUAUGUUUGAUAAACUGUAAUUUAAAAAGGUCUGUAUGAUGAGUUGUAUUGAGCAGCUGCACUUUGAUUGAUUGAUUUUGUGUUGUGGACUUAUAAAAUCCUAAUUAAAGGAGAAGGAGUUUAUGAAAUGGAGUUAUUCAAAUUUUUUGUCAUCAUUAAUUACAUUUUUCUUGUACAAUUAACUCAGUUGUUGUUUGUUGACUCUACUGAGGUUUGUUAAGUUUACUU